AUAGUUGGGAAAAAAAUGCCUGCGCGAAGUGACGCCCUACCACUGAGCUAUAGCCUAUAGGGCCUCUUGUUUUGACAGCCGCUUGAUAAAUUAUUAAUAGUUCAUCAAAGCAAUUCAAAUAUAGAGAGGAAGCGAAGAGGCAAUUCGAAAUCCGAGUCACUUCCACCAUGGACGACAACAACACACCCAGUUUAGAUCCUGAUUUGAUUGGCGCCAUUUUCAAGCACAUUUGGGCCAGAAAAGCUCAUGAGCGUGAAAGGAACGGAAUCCAAAGCACCGACGCCCUGGACUCCGAGGUUGGAGCUGGAACAUCCAAGAAGUAUCGACCCACUUCAACUAAUGCAGACGCUCUAAAGCUGAGUUCUGAACUUCUUCGAAUAUUUAUUACAGAGGCUGUGCAGCGAGCUGCUACAAUUGCUGAAGCUGAGGGUGGCACUGAGAUUGAAGCAACUCAUGUAGAAAGGAUUCUUCCUCAGUUACUUCUCGAUUUCUAAGGACCCAGAAUGCUAUCUGCACCUUACCAUGUAGAAGGAUUACCUGAGGAGGUUCUUGAUGAUGGCUGGCUGGUAUACACCACUCUUUUUGUGUUACCUCUCAAGUAUUCUUAAAUUUCUAUAGGGACAAUAUAAAUGCCUUGAAAUAAAUGUCAUACAGGUUGUGGUAUGUCCGGAGGUAUCUGUAACAAUUCAUCAUGAUAUUUCUUCAGGAAAUCUAAUGUAAAAAAAAAAAAAAA